CAACAAACAUGGAUGCCAACUGCACAUUGGUUUGCUGUGAAGAGGAGAGAGAAGACGAUAAAGCUGCUAUUGUUCAGUUCUCUAACGGCAUCCUGAGGAACACACAGCAGCUGGACUUCAGCUUCUAUAAGAACGUGGACCAGACCAACCCGAGGAAGAAGAACCGACGCAUGCUGGUUGCAGAAUCAGACAGACUCUCCUAUGUUGGUAAUAACUUUGGAGCAGGAUCCUUGAAAUGCAACAACCUUUUGCAAGUAAGUUUUUAUUUUAAGUAUUAUGUCGGGGUGCUGAACAAGGAGACCAUGAGGAUGGAGGUGCACAACGCUCAACUCUUCAACAUGCAGCCCGUCAUCCCAGGGGAGGCGUCUACAGAGAAUGACGCGUCCCAGAACACAGAUCUAACAUACAGGGAAAAGGUGGACUCUCUGAUCGAGGCGUUUGGCACCAACAAGCAGAAGAGAGCUCUGACCUCCAGGAGACUGAACCAGGUGGGCAGUGAGACCCUGCAGAGCGCUGUGGCAAAGGCUGCCCAUUCCAUCAUAGACCAGAAGGGCCUGGAAGCCCUUCAGCAGGAAGUUGUUCAGGCAGAGUCCCAGUCUGCAGUGUCUCAUUACCUUCCUCCCUGCUACCCCGACGCUGACACACCUCAACAGGUCUACCUGUUUGACGACAUCCUGUCUCCGGUGGAGUACGAUGUCCUGGAUGCUGCUGGCUCCAAGAUGGCCGCCCUGACCCCAGAGGAACUACAGAACUUAACAGAUGAAGGGUGUCAGAGCGUGGUGUGUCAGUUGGAGAGCCUGCCCAGAGAGGGCGUGGCCCGAGAGAGACAGGCUCGCUGUGCCUUCUACCUCCUCCUGCUGCUCAAACUGGCACGGCAGAAAAACAUGACUCGCAAGUUCGGGCAGGAGGAGGGCAUUCCUCGUAUCAUCCACAUCAAGCUGAUGAGGACCUUCACCGUGGAGACCUUCAAUAACGGCAGGGUGCAGUACGUGGUGUCUACGUCGAUGCGUGUGAAGGUGGCAGCGUACUGCCUGGCCCUGCUGCUCCACAUGGGAGACAUGACCGCUGACCUCACCCUGUUACACAGAGACCUGGGGGUCACAGAGAAACGGAUGGUGGAGGUGGCCAAGUCGAUGGGGUUGACCCUGUCCAGACACGGCUGUGUGACGGGGGACAGCGACGGGCCGACGGCCGAGAACAGACUGGCGUCUCUGCAGCUGCCGCUCGUCAAAUACCAAACGUUCACGGAGAUACGCAAACGCAAAAAUGCAUUAGAGGAAGACGAGGGAAACGCUUCCAAACACACCGGCAGCGUCGUCUGGUUUUUGUCCGAAGUUUCGCGUUCAACUUUUCUGUCAAGCCGCCUGCAGCAGACAGUCUGAUACAUCCAACGCGACGCUCUACCCAGAAUGCACUGCGACUGCCUCUGAAAACGCAACGCGGCGAGGAUAACGCAGCGUCGUUUUACUGGAGAUGAAUGUACUUCUGGGUAGAGCGUCGCGUACCAACAUGUAAUGACUCUGUCGGUGUGAUUGGAGUGGAAGGAGGAGGGAGGAAGACAUGGGGUAAGGAGGAAGAGGAGAGGAAGUGGGGGUAAGGAGGAAGAGGAGAGGAAGACGGGGUAAGGAGGUGGAGAGGGAAGGGUAAAUAUUCCUAGAGAGGGAGGUGAGGAAGACUGGGAUAAAGAGGAAGAGUGAAAAGGGUAAAUAUUCCUAGAGAGGGAGGUGAGGAAGAGUGAAGAGGAGAGGGUAAAUAUUCCUAGAGGGAGGUGAGGAAGAUGGGGAAAAGAGGAAGAGUGAAGAGGAGAGGGUAAAUAUUCCUAGAGAGGGAAAGCGGGUUAGAUAAAGAUGGAUACGAGAAACCCUCCUCACAAAGUAUUCUGUAAACAAAUAAAACAUUUUAAUGUAAUAAACUUUAAGUUCAGGUU